CUUAGAUGUGUCGCCCCAUUCCAUUGCACCCGUUUCUACUCUCUUGACGUUGGCGGGGAUGAUCAGCAACGAUGGAGUUCGGGAUUAUUCACAGCAUUGAUUGACAUAUUGGAAUAGUUACUUCAAAAGCACGGUCCUUGAAGCAAGCAAGGAGCUAUACAUCCAUCCAUCCACCUUCGCUGUUCGGUGAAUAGUGGAUCAGACCUUGCUAUAUCUCCCAAUAAGUUCUUGAAACCAGCUACGUCACCGCCGGCGCCUAAAGGCAUCAGAAUACUUGCACGACCCGAGAUUGCCAUCCUCAUCGGAUAUCUCCCUUGCACAGCCACUGGGUUAAGCUCAAAAGUGGCGCUCGGUGAAGGGUCCAGCUAGCAUGGAUGAUGAGAGAUGUCCAUAUACCACCGAAAGAGACGCCUACCCUUAUUUUCUUGGGAACUCCAUAUGUCUAGGACCUCCCACGGAACGGCAUAUCUUUACAGAAAUGACGCGCCUUGGAACGACGAUGACCUAACACCGAACAGGAGACGAGAUGCUGGAAAUCACAGAAGCUGAAAGCCGAAAAGAUUGCCUGACCGGCAAGCGGUCAAAAAGCACCGUCGGUUUUGCGAAAAAUGUCGGCAUAUCUGUGAGCUUCUGCCUCUCUACGUGUAUUUGCCUAGCUAGGACUGCCGUUUACAAUUCACAGCCGCACCUCUUCUCUCGGAACCGAGAACUCCCAGACCUGAAAUCGAGACGAAAAGUCUGCACAGUGGAGUCUUGGUGAUGCUGGCCAAACAAGCCCGAGCCGAACUGAUAAAGCCAAUCACCCCAUCAUUGGGGCUUGCCAGACAAAAUCACUUCCUAGAUAAAAAGUAAACCUUUACCCGCCGAAUCGCGAAGUGGCUUAAUAGAAUGGGCUGCGCAGAAUGGCUCCUUGAGGACUCGCAAAAACAUUCCCGCUUUGAAACGCGACAGAGAUCCAGCCCAAAUAUACGGAGCUGGUGACGAUCUCGAUCCCACUCCGUCCAGCUUUCAGCACCUAUGUCCUCUGCAUGCAACUGGCUGAACGCUCUUACGAUGGGAUAUGGGCGCAGGGGUUAGCAGGAUGAGUCUGAAUUCUUUCAUUCUGCGUCAUGCUGCCAUUUCCUUUUUUGGGUCGAUGCUAUACUCACUCGCCAACCCGAACAUGUUAUCGAGGCGCAUUCACAUCUGUUAAAUAUACUACGGAAGCGAAACCUUUCCGUGGCGCCGAUGGACUUGGUCAUUAUCGCUUAAUAUUGCUUCUACAUGCGUAGAACUGAGGGACCUGCAGAGCGCAAUGGGAUUGCGCCCCGUUCGCUGGUGUAAUUCCUCAUUGAUAGCUGAAUGGUGGAGACAUAUCCGCCCUUUCACGAAAUAUGGAUAUUUUGUUGAACAGCUUUAUCCCAACAAAUCACUCCCGGUUGCGUCCUCUGUCAAGUUUUUAUCAAGGGGCCAGAAUUCACACUCAGCCACUUGGUCCCCCUUCCGCCCCCAACAUCCAUCCACACAUCGGGGUAGCACAUGGGCUAAAAUUGAAUCGCAAGUUACAACAUCGCUGUUGUUGGUUCAAUGCGAGACAAUUGUUCCUUGCCGUGAAAUAAUAUGAUCAACACAUCGCCAUGAGACCAGCCGUGUGAAUGUGAGUAUAGAGGACCUCUGGCGGGUGACGUGAAGCUUAUCCAGCUUAAGAAUCAGAGUGUGAUUCACGAUACCAGGCGCUGCGCACCCCAGGGAAGCGAGGGAGAGCUGGCUGGGGCCUGCUACUACUUUGAGCUGUUUCUCUAAAUAGCCCGAGAACACAUGGGGGGGCAGAGAAACAGGCUCAAGGAGGCUUGGACGUGCUUUCUGCAAAGAUGGAGACUGUGGCUUGAGAAGUGG